AUGCUAGGAAAUUUUCACCCUUCAAUUACUUGUUUAUUUGCCUUGAAAAAAGGCAUUUUGCUGUUCAAAAUCACGGAGGCAAAUGGAGCGUGCAAAACCUGCGCCUGUUUCUGGAAGGCACCCGUGGAAAGGAGGUCACCGAUAAGUUGUUUGGGUCGAUUACCUGGCUGAUUGUGCAUUCCCUGAAAGCCGUUUCCAGUGUGAUGGCUAGCGAUCGCCACUGUUUCGAGUGCUACGGUUAUGAUAUUAUCAUCGAUAAUACGCUCAAACCGUGGCUAGUUGAAGUUAACGCUUCUCCAUCGCUAACGUCCACAACGGCGAACGAUCGCAUCCUGAAGUACAAGCUAAUCGAUAACAUACUGAAUAUCGUGCUGCCACCUGAUGGCAUUCCCGAUGUAAGGUGGAACAAAAUUCCCAGCCCCGAAAUGCUUGGCAACUUCGACCUGCUGAUAGAUGAGGAAAUCGCUGCCCAGGACGAAAGUGUUCCCAGCACUAACGGCAAGGGUAGAUCGAGUAGCAACAGAUGGAAAUGAGAGUAAAUUCGAAAGCGUGCUUUGUUUUUCUUUAAUAUGUCAUAUAUUUUCAGAUUUUUUUUUAUUGUUCAUCAUUGUUUGGUUCGAAACGGCCACUCUCGCGGUGGAACAAUUAGUUUUUGCUAUUUGAUGGGUUUUCUUUUAUACCUUCGCAACUGGUACCAAUGCAAAUGACAAAAAGUUGGAGAACUCGCUGUGGUUUCAAAAUGCGCUAUGCUUCAGUUGGUGGUCUCCAAAUUUUUAUUGAACGCGUUGCUAUCGACGCAAUUUGUCUAUUCAAAAUAAUUUAUUUUACUCUUCCUUGUCUACGACUAUCGUUUGAUUGCUUCAAGCUUUACAUCUGCAAAUAGUUGUUUUACGGGGGUUUAUUCAAUUAAAUAUUCUCUAUAGUUUUUUUUCUUGUAGUUCAAUAAACGCUUUCCAUAUUACUAUAAUUGUGCGAACGUUUUCUUAUUUGUCGUUAUUUGUUCGAAUCUAAGUCUCGAAGAGAUUCUUCGUUUCGGAAUUUCUAUUCCUGGUACAUGCCGCUGAUUGUGAUGGGACAAAAAUAUUUAUAUAUAUAUUAAAAAAAAAACAAGAAUUAAAAAAUAUUGUAGAACUUGAUAGUGUUUUGUAUUGGGUUCGUUUGAACCAAAAUAAAUGAGCGGUUUGAAGAAAUGCACAAGGAGCAAAUCAAACAGUAGCAUUAAUAAACUGCCUGCCCAUCUAUGGCAUCAUUUUACAUUAGCGAUUUUUUUUUUUCAUUUCCAUGUUUUGGUUAUCGUUUGAAAUAAUAUUGCCAAAGGUUUUGUAAAAGAUUAUUUAAUAAACUUGUCAAGUUAGUAAAUAUUAUGUUGAAUAGGUGUUUCCCAAAAACGUUCGUCCUACAGCUCUCCAGCGUAAUAUAAAGUAGAAAAUGAAUAAUUGGUAGGUGGAAUUAGUUAAAGUAAUAGUACAUUCAAUU